CCCUUUGACCAUUCUUUGUAGGAUUUUCCUAGUGAUUCCUUAUAUAUAGUUUCCUACCCCCAUCCUAAAGAUACCAAACUACAUAAUAUUAAGGGCCAAUCACAAAUCUAAAGACAAAAACUAACAAAAUUAUGUACAUGGCUAAGUCGUUAUUAGCUUUAAUUUUUGUAUUCACAAUUUAUAAUACGAGACUGUGUUUUGCAAAAGCUAAUUCGACAUGGGUCAAAACCGAACCUUAUGGCCAUGAACAAAAGACUACCCUACAAUUUUACUUCCACGAAACCGCCCAUGGAAAAGCCCAAAGUUUAGUAAAAAUAGCCCAACGCCAAGAAACCAACUUAACAUCGAACCCGUUUGGUGAGCUCUACAUGGCGGAUAAUCCAAUAACCGUCAGCCCAGACCCGAAUUCUUUGCAUGUUGGGCAGGCCCAAGGUAUGUAUGGUGUAGCUUCCAAAGAAGAAUUGAGUUUAAUUAUGGCCUUAACUUAUAACUUUGUGGAAGGAGUUUAUAAUGGGAGCUCUAUCAGUCUAUUGUGCCGGAACCCGAUUAUGGAGUCCAUUAGGGAAUUUCCCGUUGUAGGAGGUACUGGGCUUUUUCGUAUGGCUCGUGGGUAUGCUUUGGCCCAGACUUAUUUGUGGAAUCAUGAUACUGGGAUUGUUAUUGUUGGGUAUAAUGUUACAGUUUUUCACCCUUAAGCUUCUCAAUUACUGUACACACUUUUUUUAUAGGAUUACCAGUAAGGAAAGAGAAAAGUAAGUGAGAAUUAUGCUUACUGUAACGACAAGACUUAAUUCUAGUUUCACGUACACUAUUAUUAUCAUAUGAACUAAUGUACGUAAUUAUUUAUUUAUGUAUCUAUGAUCUAAAUAUAUUGAAUAUAAUGGUGAUGAUUAUUACUAUUUAGUAGCA